AUGUUGGCAGGUGCCCUAUCCUUCCACUGCACCGCUACCCCUCCCUCCCCCAGCUAACGAAACCAGGACCAGUACAUUGCGUGAGCUAUAGCUCCGGUAUCGGACAAUACGUACCUGCUCCACUAGCCCCCUCCCCCACCUCCGAUCCACAAUCACGGUUCACUAACCAGGCACGCAGAUACUAACCGGCGGCUCGGACCGGAAAAGUGAUCCCCCUCCUCCCCCUCCUCCCUCCUCACCCCAGCUAACCUCCGCCUCCUCCCCUCUCCAGUCACCCUCACAAACCCCACGACUGCCACCCCCCUUCAAUCCUACACCUCACACGGCUAUGAAGUCCUCUCCCUCAGCAUCUCCCCGGACAACUGUACCUUCGCCUCUGCCGGCGGUGACAAACUCGUCUUCCACUGGGAUGUUGCGACGGCAAAGACCCUCCGACGCUUCGAAGGUCACUUCUCGCGCAUAAACGCCGUAACCCACAAUGACGACGCGAGCGUGCUGAUAUCCGGUUCGUACGAUGCCACGGUCCGGCUAUGGGACCUGAAGUCGCAGUCGCGGAAGGCGGUACAGGUUCUCGAGGAUGCCAAGGAUAGCGUUACGAGCGUGUGCGCAAAGGGCUGUGAGGUUUUGGUGGGCAGUGUGGACGGCAGGGUUAGGAACUACGACAUCCGUAUGGGGAGGUGCUUUGUGGAUUUGAUUGGCUGGCCGGUCACUUGUGUCGCUAUUACAGGUGACGGGAAUGCCAUGCUUGUAGGUGCGCUUGAUGGUGGGAUUCGGUUGAUGGACAAGAUUAAUGGGGGGAUGCUGCAGUGCUAUCGCGGACAUGUUAAUGGGGAUUUUAGGGUUAGGAGCUGUUUUGGUGAGGGGGAGAAGUCCGUGAUCACCGGGAGUGAGGAUGGGUGGAUCUGGGUCUACGAUUUGCUGGAGGGGAAAGUGGUGGAGAAGCUGAAGGGGCAUGGGGGGAAGGUCGUGACUUGCGUCGCUUAUAAUCCCGGAGGGAGAAAGCAGAUGGUUAGCAGCGGGACUGACGGUAAGAAUUUGCCUCCUGGAGAUAUAUACACACAUACAUAUUCUUUCGCGGGGCUAAUUGGGGGUAUUGCAGGGACCGUCAUCGUCUGGGGGGAGUGA